AUGGGCUCGCCCUCGCCCGGCAGUCCGCGCGGGUCCGGCCGAGCUCCCGCGCCCGCGGAGCCAGCCCCGGCCUCGCCGACCCUGGCGCAGCUCCUGCAGCUGGUGCAGCAGGGCCGGGCGCUCCCGGGCCUGGAAAAGCGCCAGAUCGCCGCGACCCACGGCGAGCCCACGGCGUCCCGGCUCCCGCGGAGGCCCAAGCCCUGGGAGGCCGCCGGCCCGGCCGCCGCCCCGCCGCCGCCCUAG